ACGUGGCACCACAUCAUCCGGUUUAACUUUUCCACAUAUUGGGCCACGAAUGGCCCAUUUCCAAUAAGGCCUGGCUGAUUGUCAAUCACCGGCUCGGCACGCACCGUUGGAUUCCACCAACCGACACCAACAGUCUCUGCACUUUUUUUUUUCUUCAUUUUUUGCAUACACAUCUCCACAAGAACAAAAAAAAAAAAAAACACACACACACACACCAUAGUCUGUUUUUUCUGUUUCUCUCUCUUCUUUCUAUAUGUAUUGCGCGCAAUUCAGAUCUAGCUUUUGCACAAUGCAAGUUCUAUAGGCUCGUUUGGUUUUGCCGAUUAGUGUUUACUGAAACAACGUUUUUUGUGAUAUCGAGAAAAAAAAAAAGAGUGAUGUCGAGGAGACCGGGGAAUCCUACUAGAAGGUUCGGUGACAAUGGCGGUGGAUUGUUCUCUUCGAAAUCUAGGUCGCCACCGGUUUUGUCUAUUGCGCUUGUAAUUGUGGGAGGUUUGUUUCUCAUUGGCUAUAUGUAUAGAGGCUCAGGUGGAUCUAGCAGCCGUAUAGAUUCUGUUAGCAGGGUUGAAGGUGAUUAUUUGUGCAGUGGAGAGGUCCAACAAGCAAUUCCCCUUUUACAGAAAGCAUAUGGAGAUAGCAUGCAUAAAGUUUUGCAUGUUGGUCCUGAUACUUGUUAUGUGGUCUCUAAAUUGCUGAAGGAGGAUGAAACUGACGCCUGGGGAAUAGAACCAUAUGAUAUAGAGGAUGCUGAUAAUAAUUGCAAAGCACUUAUACGUAGAGGCAGUGUGCGUGUGUCUGAUAUCAAGUUUCCUCUUCCAUACAGGCCAAAAUCUUUCUCUCUUGUAAUUGUUUCAGAUGCUCUGGAUUACCUGUCUCCCAGAUACCUCAAUAAAACUCUUCCAGAUUUGGUGAGGGUAGCAUCUGAUGGUGUAGUGAUAUUUACUGGUUUUCCCACCACUCAAAAGGCCAAGGUAGCGGAUGUUUCUAAAUUUGGAAAAGCGGCCAAGAUGAGGAGUUCAUCCUGGUGGGUCAAGUUUUUCCUCCAGAUUAACUUAGAGGAGAAUGAAGCUGCUGUUAAGAAGUUUGAACUGGCUUCAUCCAAGAGUUCAUAUGUUCCGAAAUGCCAGAUAUUCCACUUGAAGUCACUCCAUUGACUUGUGGGAUGAUUCAGCAUUGGAGCUCUGUUGCUGCUUCUCCAUUUUCAUUUAAAACACUUUCUUCUCUAUAAAGGUAAUUUAAUUCUUGGAAAUAUACUCGCCAUAGAUGGUGUAUCAUUUUUGUUGAUAGAUUUUUAUUCUUUGAAUUCCAGCCCCUGACUGUAAAAGACACAUCAAUUUAGUAUUUUUACUAAAUUAUUAGUUGAAUUAGGCAAUCUAUAAGUAAGUCGCAGUGAUUGUUGUGCGAAAGUAAUAUUACUUCUUUUGUUGAGAUAUAAAGAUAAAAAUUAAAUGUCAUCAUAUUUUGUUGAAUAAUUUGUCAAAAGGAUGUAUAAACCACAUCCUUUUCCUUUA